AUGCGCUUAGCAUCGUUGCUGCUCUUACUUGUCCUGGAUGUUGUAUCCGGUGACAGAACUGCACAAGCUUUGGCCGAUAAGGUCACAAAUCUGCCGCAAGUCUCUUUCCAAACGAAUUUUGAACAAUUUGCUGGCUAUUUAAAUUCCACUGAUGGAUCAAUACAAUCUCAAUUGCACUACUGGUACAUUGAAUCCCAAAAUGAUCCUGCCAAUGAUCCAUUGAUACUGUACAUGAACGGAAUACAAUGUAGUUCGAUUUAUGCGAUGUUAAUGAAUGUUGCCAAUCUACUUGUAAUUGACACACCUGGAGUUGGAUUCUCGCCCAAUUCGAAUGAGGAUUUUAACGAUGAAAGGGUUGCUGCAUUUAUGGAAAAUGCUCUCAACAACUUCUUCACUGUAUAUCCCGAGAGGACCAGUAAUAUAGUGUACUUAGCUGGAGAGGGUUACGCAUCAGUGUAUGCGGCAAAAAUUGCACGAAAUAUUCUGGAAAAAUUUGAUCUCGGCCAAUCACAAACGAAUUUACAGGGAAUUUUGAUUGGAAAUGGAUUGCUUAGCGCUCAAUUUGAAUUCAACAGCAUUCUUCCAAUAGCUUACACGCAUGGAUUCGCUGGCAAAGAGUAG